GAAAAGCCCACACAGAAAGGUGAAGUAGCUACCUCAACAGAAAAUGUAUAUUACCCAGGACAGUUUGUAGAAACAAACAAAUACGAUAGAUUCCCUCUUCUUCCUCGAUCUCUGCCAAGGAACAACAUUGUGGACAGACCAUCCACGAGCUGGCGGUUCCACAGGGCUACCCGUUGUCCUCUCGGUCCCUUCCAUAAAUGCCCAGUCCGUGGAGGAGGCUGGACGCCGGGCAGCACGAUGAGUUCGUGGGUGCAGCUGCUACUAGCGCUGCUGGCACCCUGUCUGCGGUUUAGCAUAGCCGAGGAGGAUGCUCUGCCUGCAGCCCUGGUGGAGCUGGUUAGAAAAAGUCCAAUCUCUUCUUUGGAGGACCUUCAGCUUCUGCUGCUUACUGACUCCAUAGAUGCCCAGCCAGCCCAGCAGGCUCUGUGUAAAGUACGCACAGAGGUGGUUGAGGUCACCAGGGCAAUGCUGGACCGCAGUAAUGCAAACUUCUUGUUAUGGCCACCCUGUGUUGAGGUGCAGCGAUGCUCUGGCUGCUGCAACACCAAAAGCUUGCAGUGUCUCCCCAUUGUCACACACACCAGAUACUUGCAGGUCAUGAAGAUUGAGUACGUCAACAAAAGACCAACUUAUGCUAAAGCGGUUGUGUCAUUUGUGGAUCACGUGGAGUGUAGAUGUCAGCCCACUCCACAUUCCCCAGGACCAAAAAAAAAAUCCUCUCGCAAACAGCACAGCCACCUGCAUCGAAACAAGACACUCAGCCAAGAACAGGUACAGGGACAGGUA